AUUGUUACGAAGAUUUCGUGGAAAGACAAACCUAUUUUGAAAGGACCCCGAGGACUUCCUAUAGUCGGAUAUUUACCAUUUUUAGGUUUAAAAGCUCACCAAAAACUAUCGCUUUUGAGCCAAAAAUAUGGCAAAGUUUUUAAACUUCGUUUGGGAAGAAUGAAUGCAAUAGUUUUGAAUGAUUUCAUAUCAAUUAACGAGGCCUUCAAAAAGGAUGAAUUCUUAGGUCGACCUAAAAGUGUUGCAUUUAAUGUAAUCAUGGAAUUACAGGGUUUCGGGACAUUAAGUGGGAGAGAAUGGAGAGAACAAAAGCGAUUCACUUUACAUCAGUUAAGAAAUUUGGGUUUUGGAAAGACUUCGAUGGAAAAGCAUAUAAACAAUGAGAUGAUUGAGUUGUGCCACAGAAUCGGAUCGCUUAACGGCACAGAAGUAGAGAUUCGUUCACUUUUAGGGUCGAGUACUUCGAGUAACAUAUCAGCGCUUGUGUUCGGCAAUCGCUUUGAUUAUAACGACCCCAACCGACAACUACUGGACGGUUGUAUUGAACGGGCCAUCAAAAAGUUGGGUCAAACCGGAUUCAUCACAUUCUUCCCGUCGUUUGCUAAACUUUGCGCUUAUUUUGGUUUAUUUGGGUUAAAACAAGUAAAGGAAGACUUUCUUACAGUUAAUAAUUAUAUCAAAACUCAAAUCCAAGAACACAAGAGAACAUUGAAUGAGAAUAACAUCAGGGAUUACAUCGACGCCUUCCUCAUCGAAAUGAGAAAAACUAAGGGAUUAAGUGAUACCUCGUUCACAGCAGACAUGUUGGCCGGCAAUGUCCAGGGAUUUUUUGCUGCCGGCACUGAGACAGUCAAGACAUCCAUAGAGUGGGCGCUGCUUAUAAUCGCCGGACACCAAGACAUACAACAAGAGGUACAGAAAGAAAUCGAUAGCGUAUGCGGUCGACAAGAAUUCCCCGCUUGGGGUCAUCGAAAUUCAAUGCCUUUCACUCAAGCAGUCAUUAAUGAGAUCUAUCGCUGGAAAACAAUAUCUCCGCUCAACUUAUUGAGGAUAACAACGGACGACACAUCUGUCAGUGGUUUUGAUGUGCAAAAAGACACGAUAGUAAUCGCUAACCUGUGGGCCGUACACAACGACCCUCUCUAUUGGCAAUCUCCGCAACGUUUCAAUCCAUACAGAUUUCUUACAGAAGACAAUCAACUCUUGAAAUCCGAUCAAUUGAUUCCUUUCUCUACGGGGAAGAGGUCGUGUCCGGGAGAGGCGUUGGCACAGACGGAGAUCUUUCUAUGCUUUACAUCUCUGUUACAAAGAUUUAAGAUAUCGUCCGUUAGGGACAUCUCUUAUGAAGAAGAUAUGGGAUUAAUAUUACGGCCUAAACAUGCAGUAACCCUGCGCUUUGAGCCACGAAUCUGAUUAUAUAUGUUAAAAAUGUAGCCAAUAUUAUGGCUUCACUUAGGGUUAG